CUGUAUACUCUUGACACUUAGAAAUGAGAAACGAGAUUGUUCUCAUUUUCGUUAUGUGCUCAGCCGGCAAGGCCUAGGAUUGAUUUCAAAAAUCAGACGGUCUUUUUCCAUGAUGACUGUCGAAGUUGAUCUGUUUACAGCAGAUUGAAUUUCACACUGUAUACAUGAUAUAAAAGAACCACUCUCUCGAGGGAGGAAGCCUUUCCGAUCCGUCUGUGUGUGAAUGAAAUUUGACAGCUCCUUCAUGAAUUCAUGGCAGACAGACAGAUGACUUGAUUUGUAGUUCUUCAUCAACGUUUCUUUCAAAAAACGCUUGAGACAUCAUUGACGUUUAUCAGUCACAGUUCGUACUUCCAUUAAGAUCUUGAGAGACCAAGGACAACGGCAAAAAUUCAUCAAACUUAAGAAAAGGCAAAAGUCAUUUACCAAACACGCCGAAGAGUUUGUUCUUCUUUGAGUUCAACGAUGUUUGCGUCAUACCCAGUUACUGGGUAACAACGGCCCAACGCUAGCUCAAGGAAAACACUUUGGUUCAAACGCAUAUUGCUACGGCAAAAUACAAGGCCAACGCCAAACAAUACCAUUAGGGGAUAAUGUACGCGAGACGUCGGACACCAUAAUCUUUCGGUUGCUAUUUACUUGUCCAAUGCUACACUUACAACAUGUCUCUGCUUAAACCUUAGGACCUCGGCGUUGACUUUAUCUCACUUUGAAUCGAAGCAGAAAAUGUGCACAAAUAUGUACGGUAACUUGACGUGUUACGACGACGCAACCUCCAGGUAUAUACAGGCGUUUUUCAACAGUAUCAACACGGUUCUGAUUAUAUGCGGAAACACAUUAGCACUUGUCAUCGUGUAUCGGACCAAAGCUCUUCAAGAUGCCGCAUUCUGCUUUCUCAUGAACCUUGCUCUCAGCGACCUCCUACUGGGUGUCAUCAGUCAACCUCCUUCAUUGUAUUACGCUAUUUCUUGCCACUGGCCAGGCGGUCCAGAUGGAUUUUACUGCCAAUUUGUGGGUUUCUGCAUAUGCUUACUGUGUUCAGUUUCCGUCAUAUCGCUUGGAUUGGUUAGUUAUGAACGGUACCAUUACACGGUCCACCCCUUCCAGCACAUCAACAAGUUCACGCUCUAUCGAUCUUUAAAUGCAUGCGUAAUUGUUUGGCUGUAUUCCGCUAUCGCAUCCCUUUUUCCAGUGGUUGGUAUUUGGAAAGGUGUAGGGUUGCAACCCUAUAAUGCCCUGUGUAAUAUCCAAUGGGAGGAGGAACCAAUGUAUUUGGUGGCCAUGAUAGUGGGCGUGUUACUCCCCUCCUGGGCGAUGAUUACAUUCUCUUAUUACAACAUUGUGAAAGUUGCGCGUAAAGCUCGUAAGAUCGACGUCAUUAAAAAUCAGGUGACUCUCCGUAACCGUGCACCAGUCUCCAAUAUUGCCAGUAACAUCCCUGCGUGUAUAGCGACUGGUGUCUUGGAUGACAGUUACCAUGACGACAGUACAAUCAGCACGAUUCAUGCCACAUCAAGGUCUUGCAAAAAUCGGGCAAAUUUUAAAAAAACCAUGAGAAGCAACAAGUGCACGCUGACUGUCAGCCUACUGGUGGGGACUUUCAUAGUUUGUUGGACUCCUUAUGUCAUCGUUAAUAUCAUCCAAGCUGUGCAAUGUACACCCAAUUCAUUCGAAGCAAUUGCAUUUGCCCAAUGGAUGUGCAUCUUUAAUAGCGCAUGCAAUCCACUUAUUUACGGACUGACGAACAAAACUUUUCGGGAAGGAGUCAGCAAGUUAAUGCGAGAACUGAAAUGCCGGAGACGAAUCUGACUGUACAGGAGCUACAGGAACUGACUAAGGAUCUUAGUCACGAUAAGAUUAUUUGGCCCUAAAUAGGCCAUCUAACCUACGCACUUGCCCGAUAUAAGGGCUUGUGGUUGUACUUUCAAAUUAAUGUUCAACUUAAUCAGCUAUUACAAAAGCAAAGAUGUCGAUACCGUAUUCGACGGCACAUAUUGCACAUGACACGAUACUUUCUUAGUUAAACAUUCGCAAACGUUAUUUUGUCAAAUUGUUUUACCUUUUACUGAAAUGAACUAGUGAAGGGUAAAAUUCGGUUAAACGUGUGCUAUGGUGUCACAAAUUUGUUAUACAGGACAUUGAAGCUCAUCCCACUUUAAAAGGUUGAUACGCCCCCCCUCAUGUCUUUGCUUCUCCCCUCUUCAUACAUGUGAUGUCAUCGGCGAUCACGUCAUCCAUAUAGCUCGACUCACGGUAUACUGCAUCCUCUCGCAAAAUGUCCAGCUGGGGCCAAUUUUACAGAGCUGCUGCUGAAGCACAAAAUUUG